UUGAAUUGACGUUCAAAAAGAGAGAAUCAAAACAAUCCAGCGUGAUAUCGUGAGACAAAAUUUUAGAGAAAUUCGACAAAAAUGACUGCCAGACUCGAUGAUACGGUUUGUUUUAUCAAAAAAGAAUUUCUCAUUGAAAGAGAAAAACCUGAGGCACCGGCGGACAAUUCUCUACCUGUCGAGUCAACAGAUUCCCUCGAGCCGCCUCAAAAGAAGCAAAAGAAGGAAAAAAGACGCGGAAAGAACACAAAUCGACCGGUUUUCAAAGAAGAUAUCAGCUUGAAACUCUGUCGCAGUUGCUACAAUGGUCCCGAUUCGGGAGUUUGUAACUUCAGUGGCAACUGUAAAAUGUCUCAUGAUGUCGCCAAAUUCAUGGAAGUCAAGCCAAAAGACAUCUCCGACACGUGUUACAUCUACAGCACCAAAGGUUUUUGUCGUUUUGGCGUCUCGUGUCGCUUCGCUAUGGCACAUUUGGAUGAAAAUUUCAAAAAUCUUGGAAUACCUCCCGCCGAAACAGCGAAUCAAACUGAUGAUUUCCCGAAAAAAACGAAAGAUUUGUUCAACGUACUACGAAAACGGAAAUUUGACUUGAAAAAAUCGGAUGAAGUGUUGAAAGAAGUCGCCAAAAUUAUGGAAGAAAAUCGAAAGGAGCCAAAAACAGUGCCAGAAAAUGACUCUAAAGUGAGUGAUGUGUGUGUUAAAGCAACGCCGCGUGAAGUCAAACGACUAGACUUUCGAGAUAAAACUUAUUUGGCGCCAUUGACGACUGUGGGUAAUCUUCCGUUUCGUCGAAUUUGCAAGGAAUAUCAAGUUGACAUCACUUGCGGAGAAAUGGCUUGUGCUGUGCCUUUAAUUAAUGGACAACGAUCUGAAUGGGCUCUCACCCGAAAACACGAGUCAGAGGACUUUUUUGGUAUUCAAAUUUGCGGUCAUAGUAACAAAGUGUUGACUUAUGCGUGUCAAACUCUUGCGGAAGAAGCGGAUUUCGACUUUAUUGACUUAAAUUUGGGAUGUCCUAUUGAUUUGAUUUAUCGUCAAGGAGCUGGUAGUGGAUUGCUGAAUAGAACGAAAGUGUUGGAGUCUGUCGUUAGAAGCUGUUCAACCAUUUUGAGCCAAUAUGAGAAGACAUUUACAGUCAAAACUCGUACCGGGGUGUACGAGAAUAAGAGUAUCGCUCACGAAUUGAUGCCGAAAUUCGUUGAAUGGGGAGCUAAGCAAAUAACGCUUCAUGGUCGUUCCCGUGAACAACGUUACACAAAACUCGCCAACUACGAGUACAUCGAGCAAUGCGCCCAAACCGUCAAAGAAGUUCCCGUCUUCGGCAAUGGCGAUAUCAUGUCUUUCGAGGAUUACAACGCUGCCCGAAAACUCGCGCCAAGCAUUUCGGGUCUCAUGAUUGGUCGCGGGGCACUUAUCAAGCCAUGGCUCUUCCAGGAAAUCAAGGAACAACGACACAUGGAUCCAAGUAGCAGCGAACGCUUCGAAAUGCUAAAGCGAUAUGUGAAUUACGGACUCGAACAGUGGGGCAGUGAUGUGCAGGGAGUCGAAACGUGUCGUCGUUUCUUCCUCGAAUGGCAAAGUUUUCUACAUCGCUACGUGCCUUUUGGCAUUUUAGAGCGCCCGCCACAGAAAAUCAAUCAAAGACCUUGCCAAUUUGUGGGACGAGAUGAUUUGGAAACACUUAUGGCUUCGAACAACAGCAAAGAUUGGAUCAAAUUGAGCGAAAUGCUGCUCGGACCCGUACCUGAAGGAUUUCAAUUUUUACCGAAACACAAAGCAAACUCGUAUUGAUUUAUUUUUUUUUUUAACUUUUUAUUGUUAAAUAUCCAAAUUA